GGUCAAUUGGCACCCAUAGCAACUCCACAGCGACAAUGGCAACUGCCCACUCCCACUCCAAGGGCGGCUGUACUGCAGCAGCGGCUGCUACCAGCCAAUAUCCGCAAUUAAAUGACCACCCGACCUUCAAGACUGUAGACUCCAUUUACGAAAACCGGCUCCGUCAGUUCAUCGAUAAGGGCCAAUACCGAGACUUAAACCUUCCUAAGUUCUACAACAGAGAGAGACUGACGCUGUCCAAUGUCUCCAGCCCUUCUGAGACGUCCGACUCGGGCAUUUGGUUGAAGAAAUGGGCUGCUCCGGGCUUGUCCAAGCCUUUGUUCAAGGACAUCAUUCCGUCGAAACUUGGUGAGUUCAAGACGUGUCCCGCCGGUGAGGGCAUCACCAUGUCCCCAAAGUGGAGUUCCCAUUGGUUCGAGGUCAGGGUGAGAAUCAGCAAGGCCUGGUACGACGAUAUUUCCACGGGCAAAGGCAAAGAGAACAGUGAGGUUCUCACCUUUCUGUUUGACGCCGGCUGCGAGGCCCUCGUCUUUGGCACAGACGGGUGUCCGUUGCAGGGUCUGACAGGUAACGGAGAAAGAAACGAGUGUGAACUUCCGUUGGAAUGGUUCUCCAAAGCAAAGUCCGGCGACCCGGAAAAGCUUGAGGCCGUAUUCUACAUCGAAUGUGGCUGCAACUCGAUUUUUGGCGGAGGUGGCGACUCCUACGGUGUGACAGCGGUUGAAAUCAUCCAGUACAACUACCAGGCAAAGGCACUCUACUUUGAUUUUUUGGUUUUAAGCGAUGCAGCAAGAGAAGAUGGGCCUCCGCAGAAGCACAAGGCGAGGGAAGUGUGUAACCGCAUUAUGGACGUAUUUGACCCUAACGAUAUCACCACUGUGGUGGCCUGCCGAGAGAUCGCCAAGGAGUUUUUGGGCAAUAACGUCGACUCCGCCGAGGUUUUCAAAGAAAAAAAGAUGAACAAGUUCAACGCCGUUUAUGCCAUUGGUAACUGCCACAUCGAUACCGCAUGGUUAUGGGACUUUGCCACCUCCAAAACAAAGAUCGCCAGAAGUUGGUCCACUCAGUUAAGAUUGAUCGAAAAGUAUCCUGAAUACGUUUUUGUGGCGUCGGCCGCACAGCACUUUAAGUGGUUGGUCCAAUACUACCCUGACUUAUACAAAAAGGUGAGACAGGCUGCUUCCGAGGGCCGCUUUAUCCCUCUAGGUGGGUCGUGGGUGGAAAACGACACUAAUCUCCCAAGCGGUGAAGGUUUGGUGAGACAGUUCCUACUGGGACAGAGAUAUUUCGAGAAUUUGUUCGGUGCCAAGUCGGACAUUUUCUGGUUACCUGACUCCUUCGGCUACUCGUCCCAAAUCCCUCAGAUUUGCAGAUUGUGUGAGAUUCCAAAGUUUUUGACUCAAAAGUUGUCCUGGAACAACAUCAACGUCUUCCCCGAAAACUCGUUCAACUGGGUGGGUAUCGACCUUUCCCAGGUGUUGGUUCACAUGCCACCCGACAACACCUACACUGCAGAUGCAAAUUUUGGUGAUGUGAAAAGAAGCGUCAUCAAUCACAAGAAUUUGUACGACGACCAGAAAGGUAUGUUGCUUUAUGGUAAAGGUGAUGGAGGUGGUGGCCCAACUCCAGACAUGGUGGAGAAGUUGAGGAGAUGCCGUGGUUAUGCAAACACUGCUGGCGGUGAUUUCUCCCAGGUGGAGCUCGGUUGCACCGUCAGCGAUUUCUACAAUGACCUCUCUAAGGAUACUGACAAUGGUAAGAAGUUGCCAUCGUGGAGAGGAGAAUUGUAUUUGGAGUACCAUAGAGGUACUUACACCACCCAGGCUAAAGUCAAAAACUAUAUGAGAACAGUCGAGUUGUUGAUGCACAACGUUGAACUUUUCUCCACGAUAGCCUCAGUCUUGAAGAAAAAGUUCAAGUACCCUCUUGCUAAGAUUGAAGCUCUCUGGGAAAACAUCUGUCUUUGUCAGUUCCACGACGUCUUACCAGGAAGUUGUAUAAACAAAGUUUACGGUGAAGACGUUUGGCCUAUGUUGGCUGAUGUUGUUUCCAAGGAAACAAAGUUGUUGGAAGCUGCUCUCGCUCAACUAGGAUUAUCCACUACCAAGGAUGACACCCAUAAACAUUUGGUGAAGUUGAGCUCUCUCCCAUGGAAAAAGUCUUCAAUUGAAAUCGUCGAUAAUUUACCUAACUACUUACUCUCUAUUGCACAAAAAGUGGACAAUAACAAAAACUUGGUGGUCAUGACCGGUUGCACCGUGAUGAAACCUCUGGCCUCCAAAAUCAAAUAUCCGUCUUCGAUUAUCAAAAAUGAUAGCGGAUUGUUUGUGAUGGAAAACUCAAAGUUGAAGGUCGUGCUCGACUCAGACGGUGUGAUUUUGAAAUUGUACGACAUUGUUAACAAACGUGAAGUUAUUGAUGGCACCACAAUGAAGGGUGGAAACCAGUAUGUUAUGUUUUCAGACACUCCAUUAAACUUUCCAGCUUGGGAUACUGAACUCUAUUCUUUAAACAAGUUCAAAUAUGUUUCCAAGUCUACCAAGUGUUCAAUCAAGUACAACGGUCCUUUGGUGAGUGCCUUGGAAGUCGAGCAUGAAUUAUCGUCAAGCAGUAAGAUCACUACCAUCAUUUCUUUGGAUGGUCUCAACGAUCUUUCAGAAACUUCGUCAGUCAAGUUCAAAUGUAACGUAUCGUGGAAUGAAAAUUACCAAUUUUUAAAGGUCCAAUUCCCUGUCAACAUUUCAUCCGAGACUGCCAGUUAUGAGACCCAGUUUGGUAUCACCAAGAGACCAACACAUUUCAACACUUCGUGGGACGUUGCCAAGUUCGAAUGCUGUAUGCAUAAAUUUGUGGAUUUCUCUGACUACAAUUACGGUGUGUCUAUCGUCAAUAACAACAAGUAUGGUGGUUCUGUUCAUGGUAACAUAAUGACGCUUUCACUUCUCCGCGCUCCGAAGUAUCCAGAUGAAAAGGCAGAUAUAGGUGAUCACAGCUUCGAGUAUUCUAUUGUUCCACAUUCAGGGCCACUUGGUGCAACAACUGUCCGUGCAGGAUGGGAACUCAACGAACGUAUGCCAUCUGAACUAUAUGUGGCAACAGACAAAAAAGAUUCUUUGAAGACCGUUGAAGAUUUCUUGACUAUCACUGGUGAUGAAGGAAUUAUUCUUUCUAACGUCAAGCGUGGAGAAGAUGAUGCUGAUGUGGAUUACGAUGGUGGUUUGAUGGACAACUUGCCAAAGAAGUAUGUCGGUUCUCAAACGGUUGUAGUGAGAGUUUACGAAUCAUUAGGUGGUAUCAGCAAAGCCACAAUCAAACUUAAUGCACCAGUCACGAAGAUUUUUAAAACUAAUUUGUUGGAAGAAGAAAAGGAAGAAUACGAAAUUUCUUCUUCCGGCGAAUUCACCUUCAAAUUGAGAGCAUUUGAAAUCGCUACCUUUAAAGUCAUUUUUGGUUGAGUCGUUAUUGUAUCUUAGGUAGUACGUUCAUUUCCUUUCCUUUUAUUACUGUUUGUUUCCUACUUUUGUUCCUUACUGAUAUUUUGUACCCGUUUACCAUCGUCUAGAAGUGUUUUUUUAACGUUUUAGUUCAAGAAAAAAAACUUGAAAAAGAACCGACCGGAGUGAGGGUUGAACUCACG